UAUCUCUACACUUGUAAAUCAUUCAAUAAACGGCUUUGCGCAACAUCGUCUUCCCACUCCCCUUCACAGUUCACACCACGCACACAGUACAUAUCACCACCAAAAACAAAAACUUAACUCACAAUGGAGACCUCAACCACCAACUCCCUCAUCAUCUCCCUCGCCAUCAUCCUCGCCGUCUUCCUCGGGGGCACCUUCGCCUACCAGCAAGGCAUGCUCGACCCCCUCAUCGAGCAAGUCGGCAUCAUGAUGUUCAAGGCCAAGGCGGAGGCCGAAAAGAAGAAGAUGCAGGCACAGGGCAUGAAGGCAGGACAAGACUUUGUUGAUGACCAACUCAAGGGAAACAAGCAGGCAGCCGACGUCGCAGACGGCAUUGGCUCCAUCGGCGGGUUGAAGAAGCAGUUGUAAACAAAAACUUCAGCCUCAUAAAAAAUGAGAUUAGACUGAAGCUUAAAAUCUUAGUCGGGGCACGAUCUCAUCUGUGCCUCGACCAUGAGGACCACGAGGACCACGAACUUUUUUCAACGGGGAGCGAAUGAUGUGCGUUUCAUUGGGCCGUCAUUGAGCGUGUACGAUAUCUGUAGUGCAGCAAACUUUACGGCUGGCGGGCGUCUUAGUCUGGUUUGAUGGGUUACAAUUACCUUUAUUCUGGAACAAUUUUCGGCGCUAGAAGAGAGGGC